AUGGCGCUCGUCGCACCCAGCCUGCCUGGACACGGUGGUCUCUUGGGCAGCAUCGGUCUGCACAACGGCCUCUCAUGCGCAAGAAGACUCCGGAUGAGGUCUUCGGAGGCACUUGGACAAGGUCUGGGGAUGAGUGCGGAAACGGGCUUCGUGCGAUGGGCGGGAAGCGCUGUCUGUGCGUGUAUCGCUUCCUGUGUUGCACUCGCUGCCUCCGCUGAUGGACGAGGAGGCGAGAAAGCCCAGAGAUGGCGACAAACGUCGGAAUUCACAGCUCCGAUGUCGAAGUGGCGUGGCCAGACCGGCCGUGGCAAAAAAGGACACUUCCACCUACUUGACAGAUACAUUCGCCGCAUCGAUGCCCUCCUUCCCGAGGACAUGGAGGAUCUGGUAAGGCCGCUGAGCUAUAAGCCAAACAUGGAGCAAACAACGAGGACGCUGAAGAUCACCUUCCCCGACGAAGCUGUCAAGCCUGAUGACAUCACAGAGCAGGAUGUACGUGACUUCUUGUACCCCCUGGUGCCAGCGCACUUGGCCUUGGGCUGGUACGGAGACGGAGGCGCGGAGGUGUAUGCGAUGUUCGAGACCAACGAGGAAUGCCGAAACGCACGGCGGCUUGACGGCCAAAGGCUCGGUGGUCGCUAUGCUCAAGCGCGGUUUACGGUUGACAACAAGUUUCGUCGAGUCAUGGAAGAUUUGGGCAACUGGCCCAUGAGUGGCGACCAAUGA